AUGUCUCUGGGGCCUGUCUCCUUGAGAGGAUUUGGACACUCUUCCACUCUGGAGUUGCCCCAUUGUGCAGACUCCAGUCAAUCAAAAGAGGAUCAUAUACACCCAAUGGAUGUUCAAAUGGCAAUAUUUCACUGCUCUGAUAACUUUCUUAGACAGAAAAUUAUUACCAAGUUGUCACAGUGCCAGUAUGCUUUACCAUUGCUAUUUCCUGAUCCUGUCACUGCAAAUAUUGAGUGUCCUCUCUGGACAUUCAGACAAAUAUCAAAAACAUGGAAAAUAUGCACCAAGGCAGAAAACUCAAACAUUGUUGAAAUGAAGAGCAUGCCAAUCUACAAAGCUAAGAUUCCCCUUGUUUCAUUUUUCCGACUGGGCUCCUUGUCUGUGUCCAAAUCUCAGCUGAUGAACGUCUUGAUCAAUGAUCGCCACAACACAUUCUUCCAUAGAGACUGUCCAGGCAGCACCAAAUCUCGUCAUUUGAUGGAUGGUUUGGCAGAAAUUGCCUGGUACUGCCCUGCUGGAAAAUCCAAUGAUUUCUUUAACGACUGUGUUGCUUUCUGUAAUCUUCAUGGGGAUUCUUUAGAAAUGGUCAAACAGCGUGAAAUACUGACUGAAAAUUCCUCAGUCAUUGUUGUUCUCGUACAAACUUUGGAAAUGAGCCAGGAAAGUAAGGCAAUCAUUUCAAUGCUUUUCAACUCUCAAAAACCUCUGGUAAUUCUCAGUGCUGACAAUGACUGUAGUGCAGAUCAGGUGGAACCGCAAAAAUACAAACUGGGUCUGAAAGACAGAAGCCAAUCCGAUGUUUCUGAAGAGCUGAAAGAAAUGAUAAGAAACAUUUUGUCUGGACCCCACAAAAGCUUCCAGCUUGAAACUAUGAAAAAAAUGACAAAUGAAGUCAGAGUGGAUGAAGAGGCAGAGGCCUGCCAAAAUGGGAAAUCUGCUGCAAUGGAACUGGUUGCAUUGAUUAAAAAGAUGGAUAUCACCAAAAUAAAAGAAGUCUUUCUCCCCUGCCAAGGCCAACUUUGGUAUGAGUGGUGCAAAAUCAACAAAGAACUGUAUCAUCUAAAGGGAGACAUUGAGCAAGAAAAGGCUCAUAAAACUCAGCAACUGAUGGAACUACGACAGAAACAGUGUGACGCGUCCAAUAGUGAACUAAUGAAGUUGUUCACUGAGAGCCUCAAAGGUUUGCCAACAAAAGCUGGAGAAUAUUUCUUGAAAUGGACCCAAAUCCUGAUAGAUAAAGAUAAAACUUCUGAAGAAUUAAAUACAAAACAAGCUGAGCUUGAGCAGUUAUCCAAACAGCUUCAAUCAGCAACAUUUGGUCUUGAGCACAUGUUUAGAGAAAUGGGACAGAUCUAUGAAGCCCAUAAAUCUCUGGAGAAACCAGCAGAGGGCCAACAGGCUGAAUGGACUAAAUACCCUGAGCUGGCUGCAGAUCUGAUGAUAAAAGGACACCCAAUGGAGCUGAUGGAUGGUGAUGCAGGCCAUGUGCCUUUGAUAUGGAUGUCUAGUCUUAUACAGGAGGUCAUCAAGAAGCUAGGUGACCAGAGAGUCUUUGUGCUGUCAGUUCUGGGCUUACAAAGCAGUGGAAAGUCAACAAUGCUGAAUGCCAUGUUUGGAUUGGAAUUUGCAGUGAGUGCUGGGAGAUGCACCAAGGGUGCUUACAUGCAGCUGGUUAAGCUGUCAGAGGAAAUACAGAAAGACUACACAUUUGACUAUAUUCUAGUUGUGGACACUGAAGGGCUGCGCGCUCUUGAGUUAGCAGGCAAUGCCACCCUUCAUCACGAUAAUGAGCUUGCAACAUUUGUUGUUGGUCUAGGAAACUUGACACUGAUCAACAUCUUUGGUGAGAAUCCAGCUGAUAUGCAAGAUAUCUUACAGAUUGUUGUGCAGGCUUUCAUGAGGAUGAAGAAAGUCAAGAUUUCUCCAAGUUGUGUGUUUGUUCAUCAGAAUGUCACAGAUAUUGCAGCAGCUGUGAAAAACAUGGAUGGAAAAAGAUGCCUGCAGGAAAAACUAGAUGCAAUGACUCAGUUAGCUGCUGAAGAGGAAGUGUGUGCUUUUGAGUGCUUCAGUGAUGUCAUUGCAUUUAAUGUGCAAGAAGAUGUUAAAUACUUUGCCCAGAUAUGGGAGGGAAGUCCACCAAUGGCUCCUCCAAAUCCAGGGUACAGUGAGAGUGUCCAAGAACUGAAGGCCUCCAUCCUGUCUAAGGCCUCAAAGUCUGAUGGGAUUCUUCUGUCACAUUUUGGUACUAAGAUCCAGGAUUUGUGGAACGCUUUGAUGAAUGAACACUUUGUUUUUAGCUUCAAAAAUACUCAAGAAAUUGCAGUCUAUAGAGAACUGGAGGUGCAGUAUGGAAACUGGACCUUGGCCUUGAGAAGUGAGAUGCUGAAUGUUGAAAACCAGCUUUUUCCCAAAAUUGAAAAAGGUCAACUGGACGAUGUUGAACUCACUGACCUUUCCAAUCAAAUGAGUAACAAAUAUGAAGAAGUGAUGAAAAAGAUGGCAGCUUAUUUUAAUGACAACAAAGACAAAGAAAUGCUGGUUCAGUGGCAGGGUCGAUUUGAGAACAAAAUUAAAGGUUUUCAUGAGGACAUUGUGAGAGACAUGGAAAGAAAAUUGGAUGAAGUAAUCCAGCUGAAAAAUGCCCGAACAAAGCUUGACGACAAAAAGACAACUUUUGAGAACAAGCUGCUGCAGCACAGCAAAGAGCUUGCUCACAAGUUAAAAUGCCUUGAAAAAUAUGAAGAGGAAUUAAAAGCAAAGUUUAAUGCUGUUUGGAGUCACUGGGUUAAGGAACUAACCUCAGAUACAAAACCUAUUGAAAACAUUAAUUUGGAAACAGACCAGAACUAA